GGAUCCCAAAAAAGCCAUAUUUUUUCCCACCCACUUUCUCUCUUCCCAAACACCGCCGUAUUUCGCUUUCUCCUUUCUUUUUCUCUGUUCCAUACUUCUCUUCAUUUUUUUUUUCUUUUUAAAAUCUUAUCUUUUUUCUCUCUAUCCUUCAUAAAAGUGACAGACAGACAGACAGAGAGAAAGAGAAGAACUGUUAGAGAGAGAGAGAGAGGGUCUCAUUCAGUGUUUCUCUUUUGUUGUGGGAUUGCAUUUUCACCAAUGGGAGCUCGUUGCUCUAAAUUCUCCCUGUGUUGGUGGCCAUCUCAUAUCAAAUCAAACCUUCAUGACUUGUCUGAUAAUGAUGAUGAUGGGAAGAAGAAUGAAAAAGAUUCUUGGGCUGUGUUCACUGAGUACAGUUUGGAUCAGCUGAAAGUUGCCACUUCAGGAUUUUUACCAGACAACAUUGUCUCAGAGCAUGGUGAGAAGGCUCCCAAUGUUGUCUACAGAGGAAUGCUUGAAGAUGAUAGGUUGGUUGCUGUGAAGCGCUUCAACAAGUCUGCUUGGCCUGAUUCUCGACAAUUCCUAGAGGAAGCACGGGCAGUGGGGCAGCUAAGGAAUGAAAGAUUAGCUAACUUGGUUGGGUGUUGCUGUGAAGGAGAAGAGAGAUUGCUUGUUGCAGAGUUCAUGCCUAAUGAAACUCUCUCCAAACAUCUCUUUCAUUGGGAAACUCAGCCCAUGAAAUGGGCAAUGAGGCUGAGAGUGGCCUUGUAUUUAGCACAAGCUUUAGAAUACUGCAGCAUUAGAGGAAGGGCAUUGUACCAUGAUCUUAAUGCUUAUAGAGUUUUGUUUGAUCAGGAAGGCAAUCCUAGACUCUCUUGUUUUGGACUCAUGAAAAACAGUAGAGAUGGCAGAAGCUAUAGUACAAAUUUAGCAUUCACUCCUCCCGAGUACUUAAGGACAGGAAGAAUCACCGCAGAAAGUGUAGUUUACAGUUUUGGUACCCUAUUGCUUGAUCUUCUGAGUGGAAAGCAUAUCCCACCCAGUCAUGCACUUGACCUUAUACGAGGCAAAAAUUUUCUGUUGCUGAUGGACUCAUGUUUGGAAGGUCAUUUUUCAAAUGAUGAUGGAACUGAGUUAGUGCGAUUAGCUUCACGUUGUUUACAAUAUGAACCACGUGAGAGACCAAAUGUUAAGUCACUUGUGACUGCUCUAACCUCUCUUCAGAAAGAAACUUCAGUACCAUCAUAUGUUUUAAUGGGCAUACCAGAUAGGAAUCUGUCAUCAAAGGAAACAGUUUCAUUGAUGCCUUUUGGUGAAGCUUGUUCAAGAAGAGAUCUGACCGCAAUACAUGAACUUUUGGAAAAGGUGGGCUACAAGGAUGAUGAAGAUGUUGCAAAUGAGCUGUCCUUCCAAAUGUGGACAAAUCAAAUACAAGAAACUCUAAAUUGUAAGAAGCAAGGCGAUUCUGCUUUUCAUGCCAAAGACUUCUCUAUGGCCAUUGAAUGUUAUACACAAUUCAUCGAUGGUGGGACCAUGGUAUCACCAACUGUGUAUGCCAGGCGCUGCUUAUGCUACCUGAUGAAUGACAUGGCACAAGAAGCGCUUGGAGACGCCAUGCAAGCUCAAUCGGUAUCUCCCACAUGGCCAACUGCAUACUAUCUUCAAGCAGCUGCUCUCUUCAGCCUUGGCAUGGACAAUGAUGCACAGGAAAGUCUUAAAGAUGGCACAACACUGGAAACAAGGAAGUAUAGAAAUUGAAACUGUAUAGGCUUUUCCUUUCUUCUCCUUUCUCCCUCAUUGAUCUAGCAAAAUUUUUAAAUAUUACUAUUAGCUGUAUGUAAUUUAUCUUUUUCUUAGCAUCUCCAAUAUGCUUCAGACUCUGAUUGCUACAGCUAUGGCCACCCUGCAUUCUCUCGUAUUUUUGGCCCAAUGCUGUGAAUCUCAAAUUCCUCAGAUUCUUAUAAAGAUGUCAUUUCUCUUCAG